AUGGACCUCGGCUGGGCAAUUUUAAUAAUUGGCUUCGCUGCUCUUGUUGCAGCCUUCCUCCUUCUGGUAAUUGGACUUGUGUACUCUGAGCUGAUGAAUUCAGACAUUCCUCGUGGGGUUGCAAAUAGUAGGAAACUGCACAUGGUUCAUGGCUUGUUUGUUGGCAUAGCAAUUGUGGGCCGGAUCCUAUUUCGUCUGGGUAUUUGUGACCAGGUCAGGUUUAUCCGUUGGUUUGUGGCCUGUUUUCUGACUCACUUAAAUCCAGUUCCCCCUGGCCUACGAGUGAAGGAUCUCAAGUUUUCUGAGGUGCCAGUGCGAGUCUAUGAACCCACCACUGUCUGUGACGGCUUGAGAAGAGGUCUUGUGUAUAUCCAUGGAGGAGGAUGGGUGUUGGGCAGUAUAGAUUCUGUUGAUGAAGUCUGCCGAUACAUUGCAAAGAAGACUGACACAACUGUGGUUUCUGUUGGGUACCGAUUAGCCCCUGAGCACAGAUACCCUGUCCAGCUGGACGAUUGUGAGACAGCAAUGUGUCACUUCCUGUCUGUGGCUGAGGCAGAGUUCAGCGUGGACUCUCACAGAGUGGCAGUCGGAGGGGAUAGCACUGGGGCUAACAUGGCAACAGCACUUUGCCAAAGGCUGGCGAGAAGAGAGGACGGACAUCUGCCAUUCCCCUGCGCUCAGGUCCUCAUCUACCCAGCCCUGCAGAUGGCAGAUUUCAACCUGCCCUCAUACCAGCAAAAUCAUGCUGUGCCCAUAUUGUUUCGUGGCCGGAUGGCAUUCUACUUCCUGCAGUACCUCAAUGGGGACAUGUCUGUGUGCCAAGACGUGCUGGAAGGGAAUCAUGUCCCUACUGAGCUAAGGCCACAAUACAGGGAGUGGCUGUCCACAUCCAACCUACCUCCUGAGUGCCUCGCACGGGGUUUCUCUGAGCAACCAAGCCCAGAAUAUGAUGGAGAGAUAUACCACGUUAUCAAAGCUGGUUUGGAACCUGAGGUCUCACCUUUACUGGCGGAUGACGAAGUCAUUCAGAAGACCCCACCCACCUUCAUCCUCACCUGUGAGUAUGAUGUCCUAAGGGAUGAAGGGAUACUUUAUAAAAAACGGCUGAUGGACUUGGAAAAAGAUGUCACCUGGCAACAUGUGAUGGAUGGUUUUCAUGGCAUGAUUAACUUUUUUAACCAGGGCUGGCUUUCCUUUCCCUCAGCAGUGCGGGUUAUGGAUAGUGUUGUUGACUAUGUAAAAACACUAUAA